AUGCUUUGGUGGGACGCCAUUUCCAAGGCGGAAGACAAACUAACAGCCCCUGGCACUGCGACGGGCAUCGACGAUAGCAAAGUCAGUUCUGGACGCACCUGUACAAAAGUCGCAGGUAACGCUAGAGGUCCGAUCCAGUCACAAAAAGGUAGUGGCCAUGACAACGGCAACUAUGUCCACAAGUCCACCAACAUGGGCAACCUUGCUAGCGGCAAAGUGCUCAAAGGACCGAGCAAGAAUGUCAACAACGGCAUUCCCACGCAUAUGUGA